CCGCCACCUCGCUGGUUCCACCAGAUACGAUAGAAUGAGUGUCGUGUAGUCCACAUGAUGGUAAGGUGGUGCGGCUGCUGCAGCGUACGUCCAUGCAGUGUAUGUCCCACCUCCCCUACCGCAUGCCCCUCCCUCUCAGUUGUAGGUCUGCCCUGGCCAGCAUUGUCUUGAGCACGCCGCGCCACAGCUGCCGGCACGUGGCCUCCUCCUUCCGCUGCUUCCGAUCCGCCUGACGCCGCAAGAAAUCUGAAUGAAUCAAGACAUCCAUCCGCGCAGAGAAAGACGUGAAUGAAGAUGUGUCCGGCCCGGCCGGCCGCUCACUGACUGACCUUGUGCAGCCUCCCGCAGGUUGUCUGCGUCUUGCAGCAUGACGACCACACCGUCGAUGCGUGGCUUGGCGCCGCUCCACUGGUAGUCGAAGCCCACGAGGGCGGGGGCAUGCUCCAGUUGGAGCCGACGCGCAGCACGCAAGGCACCGGGACACUCACCCUCACUCAGGUGCACUGUGCCCACAGGCAACCCCACCUGCAUUGCAUACCGAGGGUACACACGACAAGCGGCAAUAAAGUGACUGAUGGGCCAUACAUACCUCAGUAUUACGGACGUCCGUCGUUGGUGGUGUGGUGUGGUGUGUAUACCAACCAUACCUUGCUGGUGAGGUCGACAUUUCCGUAUUCGUUGACGGGGAUGGUGCCGUUGGUGGCCACCUGCCGCGCCAUGGGGGUCGUCUGCCACACACCAUACAGCUUCCUGUCUACAGCAUCCACCUCCUGCAUCGCCGCAUCUGUCAUACACGCACACAUACGCAACAUAGGCACAUGUGGGAUGGAUGGAUGGCGCUGCGUGCCACGCUGUUUGACCUGCGGUACCACCGUGUGUGGUUUUCUUGGUGGGCUUGCGGGGCUGAGUCCUGAAGGGCCGCUCCAACUCGCACUCUAUCACCUGCAGACGGACGCACCGUACCGUACACACAUGGUCAUUCGUCCACAACAGCACAGCCUGCCUCUUUGCAGUGGUGUCUGUUUGUUUGUAUCCCUCCCUCCCUCCAUCUCCCUAUGUAGGCAGCCUACCUACCUGUCGGCCUUCUUUCUUCCACUGGUCGGCGGUCCUCAGCUUGGUGACAUCACCGCGGCGGUAGACCUUCUGGCCCUGGAAGUACCCCACCACAGCACCAGCAGCCUCUACUGCACGCGGAUGGAUCGCCUCGUCCAUAUUCAACUGACACACAACACAUGUGACGUGACAUGACACACAAUGCAAUGCAACGCAAUGCUCAUCCGUCCAUGUGUGUAUCAUCCCAUCCACCCCACCCGUCCAUGGCAUCAACAGCACGGCCCCAUGGCAUGUAUCUUCCCUCCCUCCCUCCCUCCCUCUAGGCCUACCUACCUACCUCAGAUGGAAGGGCGAAUAGCGGGUGGUUUUUGAAGUCUUUCUGGGCCGACGGCAGCGGCUCACGCGACUUCUUGCGACCCAGCCGCUCAUCGUCCAGACGAUCCUCUGAAACGAUACAUGCACUACUCACAGUGAAUGCCUACCGCGUUGCUUCCCGUUCCCUCGCUUACCGAUGGUAGGUCGGCGGCUGCGGGAUGACUUGGCCGCACACUCAGUGAUGUCCUCUAUCAGCUGCUGUAGCCCACCACCCCGAUGCUUGAGUACGUCAGACCACCUGCAGGUGCACAACCGCACAGUCAAGAACACAGAGCCAUCCAAUCCACUGCCUCCCUCCCUCCCUCCCUCUCUCCCUCCCUCUUUGCCCGCCCGUCUGUGUCCAGUGGCUCUGUCUGUCCCCAUGGCCUACUUAUCGACAUAUCUGAGUGUGAUAUCGACGGGCCUCCCCGCCCGGCAGCCCAGUAUGAUAUCACGAGGACCGACGCCGCCCCCAUCGCCACCCUUGCCCCUCCCCCUCCCCUUGGGCUUGUUGGUGUGCUUGUUGGUGAGUGAGUCGACGAGUUGUCUCCUGAUGCCCUCCAUCUCCUCAUCACUCUCGCUGCCCGCGUCACCUGGAUCGGGCACCCGCACCAACACGGGCCCCCUGGCCGGGUGGUCAACACCCCCAUCUCCCUCACCAUCCCCAUCCUCGUCCAUGGCGCCGUCACUGUCACUGUCGCUGUCGGAUCCACCGUGCUCGUCCAGGAACAGACCCAGCGACGCCAUCCCCGACGAUGACGACCGACCACCCGCCGCAGCAGCUGCUGCUGCUGCUGGGGCGGGCUCCUCUUCCCUUGGCAGUGGCUCCUCUGGCGGCACAGCAAAGUCGCCAUCCAGAUACAGCGGCACCCACCUACAUGACAUGACAUGCAGUGAUUGAUAUGGAAAGCAUAGCAUCAAUGCAAUCAAUGCACACGUGUGCACUAACUAAGUUCCCUGUCUGUCUGUCUGUCUGUCUGUGUCUGUGUGGGUGCCACCUUACUGCUUCGAGCAGAAGAGCUCGAGCCAGAGUGCUGCCUUGGUGUGUGGCGUCUUGUCGCCCCCGCCGGGCAGCGAGGGGCACCGCAGCACGAGGCGACACGGCACACGGUAGGACCGAUAUGCCGCACACAGCAGCUGACACACAGACAGACAGACAGACAGACAACCGACAUACCAUACGCCACAUCCAAUCAAUCAAGGCACACAGAGUGGAAGGGUCCCUCACUCCCUCACUCACUCACUCACCAGCACAGCCAUGUUGUAAGAGGCAGCCUUCCGCUUCAGCGCCCUGUCAGUCAUUAAUUAUCAAAGAUGAGAUGAACGAACAAGGUACGCUACGGUAGGUACGCAUCUGUCUGUCUGUCUGUAUGUGUGUAUGUAUGUGUGUAUGCGUGUGUACUGUACCGCAGCAUCUUGCGGUGUAUGGCACCGGCGAUGUGUGCGCUAGGCUGCAAACAAGUGAUUGUCGAGGCCGGCCCUCGUGACAGACAGAUACCAUUCCCUUCCUCCCUCACUCCCUCCCGGCCCGCCUGUUUGUCCCACUUCCCUUACCGGGUUCUGGAAGAGCCACACAUGAGAGCGCUCCUGCACCUGCAGGCGGACAGCAGCAAAGCACAGCACACACAACCCAACCAGCCAGGGAGUGAUUGAGCGAAUGGAAAGGCUGGGUUGGGUGGCGUUUGCAUGUGUGUAUGUGUGCAUCCCUUCGGGUGCCUGCCUGUCUGCCUGCCCACUGACUGGCUGACCAGGCCACCUACCCUACCCGGAUCGAUGACUUGAAUAUGCUGAGCAGGUCAUCAAGGCCGGUCGUCCACUCGGACUCGCCCCCUGUGUCACUCCUGUCCAUUGGACGGUCGACCCGCACCUGGUGAGGGAAUGCCAGCCGACCGCCGCCCUCCAAAUACGCACGAACGCACCGCUGCAGCCACCGCACCCAAUCAAACCAAUGACAUUCACGCAGACAUAACAGAAUGGAUUGGCGGGGACAGAACGGCACGUCGAAGAGAUUGACCAUCCAUGAAUCGAGAGAUUGACCAGAGCGGUGGUGAGUGAGUGCGGCAGUGCAGUGCAGUGCCCCCGCUUGCUUGCUCUUGUGUGACUGACUAACUGACUGACCUACCUGGAUGAUUCGGUCAUCGCAGAUCUUGGAGAGGAAGAUGGUGUGCGCCAGAUGGCAGCACAUGUGGACCUGCCGCAGCCGAUGCUCUUCUUUCUUCAUUGUCAGGAUUGCCAGCUUGGCAAGAC